UCCUCGUUCUCUCUCUGAACCCUUCUCGCUUCUCACUUCGACGGAGUCUCCAUUCCACUCUCUUCUCUCUCCGGCGCUCUUCUCGGUCUCCGGCGGCGGCGAUGGCGUACGUCGACCAUGCCUUCUCGAUCAGCGACGAGGACAUCAUGAUGGACGGUCCAUACGUCGUCCAGAACAAGCCCCCAAUCCGUGAGAUCGCGCUUGCUAUCUCCCUCCUCGUCUUCGGAACCCUCGGCAUCAUCAUCGGCGUUAUCAUGGCUUGCAACCACGUCGGCGGUGAUCGCACACAUGGGGUUUUCUUCGCGAUUCUUGGGUCGGUGCUCUUCCUCCCCGGGUUUUACUACACGAGGAUUGCUUACUAUGCUUAUAAAGGGUACAAGGGUUUCUCCUUCGCUAACAUACCGCCUGUAUGAGGUUGGAUCUCGCGAUCUUGGUGUUCUCGCUUUCUCAUACGUGUACAUGAGGUUCUAUCCAUAUGCAUAUGUUUUUCUUGCUCUGUUUUUUUUUUUUCUAGGGUUUGCUACAGUUGUUAUCGAUGUAAAUUUAACCUUUGUGAUAAAAAAAAAUAAUAUUUCAGUUGAUGCUGUUUGCUUGUC